AGGCACUAGUAGUCAGCUGUUCGAAGCGAGCCUUAGACAUUGUAUGCUUAGAAAAAAAAACAGACGCAGCGACGCGCGCGGCGAUUUUCCCGCCCGUUUGAAAUUAAGAAAAAAACACGUUAAAAAGUAAAAACUAAGACUGUUCAAAUCAAAUAAGGAUUUUUAAAUGUGUUUGUUUAUGUAUAAAAUGUAUUUUCAUCAUGUGAGGAAAAGAGUGCAGUGUUAUAUUAUGUGAUUACAUGUCUUUAUAGUGUUUACGUGAUUUUUGAAUGGACAUUCUGCUGCGUUGCGAAACUGGCAUUGCUCGAGUUUGUGACAUUGAAAGAAAACCAGUGUAAUUAAAAAAACGAUUAUUAAACGUUGGUGUAAACAUCUGAAAGUGUCUUAAACUAUAAUAAAUAUUCGGUGUAUUUUUUUAAUCAUAGACAAUAUUAACUUUUUAAAAUGAAAGACUUUGGUCAGAUCUGGGGUCGAGUGGCGGGUCGUCGAUUUUCCGGUGUCAACACAGAGUUGAAAGAAAUCGGCAACAAUCGAUUACAGAAAGGCGAUUUUGACACAUCGACGUUCGAAUCGAAUCUAGCCGAGUGCGAGGGAUUAAACAAUAAGUUUGAGGAUUUCGAGUUUAAUGAGCGUAAAGAUGCGAUUAUAAAUCGAUUAUUCGAGAGAAGAAGAAAAGGACAGCUCACCAGGCAACCGAAAUGUCUAUUUAUACUUCUCAUGCUCGGUUUCUUCGCCCUCGGAGCCGGCUGUUUCAUCCUAAUAGCACAUCCCUACGAAUUCCUCUUCAAACAGAAAGUAGUACUCCAAGAUGGCGGCGAGAUUUUCGAAAUGUGGAAGAAACCGGAAGUGGACCUCUACGUCCGGAUAUUCCUGUUCAACGUAACGAAUGCCGAGGAUUACAUGGCUGGCAGGGCCGAAAAAAUCAUCGUGAAAGAAGUCGGACCUUAUGUUUACAAAGAAGGCCUUGAACACAAGAUAGUCAAGUUCAAUGACAACGGGACGCUAUCAGCCAUCCCCCGCCACCCCCUGACGUGGGUCGAUGAACUCUCUGAGGGAAACAAGGAAGAUGAUCUUCUGUACCUGCCUAACAUAGCUCUAUUGAGCAUAGCAGACGUAGUAGCCAAGCAGUCGGUCCUCACGCGCUUCGGUCUGAACAACCUGAUCUCCAUCGGCAACAUCCAGCCCCUCGUGCAGAUGACCGCCAAGGAGUUCAUGAUGGGAUACAAAUCUAACCUUAUGACGCUGGGAAACACUUUUAUGCCUGGAUGGAUAUACUUUGAUAAGCUGGGACUUAUCGAUAGGAUGUACGAUUUCGAAGGCGACUACGAAACUAUCUACACGGGAGAGGACGACGUCCGAGAUUCCGGUCUCAUAGACACCUAUCGCGGUUCCAAAGACCUUCCCCAAUGGCAGGGGACUCACUGCUCAAACGUGCAAGGAGCGUCCGAUGGCACGAAAUUUAGAGGAGGCGUCACGAGAAACGAGUCGCUGCUGUUCUUUAGAAAGAGCUUGUGCCGCGCUGCGCCCUUGGUCCCAGUGCAAGAAGGAGUCAAGAGUGGUCUCAAAGGCUACAUGUACACGUUCCCUGAACAUCUGUUCGACAACGGCAAGCAUAUACCAGAGAACAAGUGCUUCUGCAGGAAUGGCAACUGUCUCCCGGAAGGCCUAAUCGACGUGACAGAAUGCUACUAUGGGUUCCCCAUCGCGCUGUCCUACCCCCACUUCUAUAAGGGGGAUGACGUGCUCUUCAACAAGGUGGAGGGACUCAGUCCGAAUAAGGAGCUGCAUGAGACGAGAUUCUGGAUCCAGCCCGAAUCCGGUCUUCCUCUGGACGUCAGUGCCAAGAUCCAAAUCAACAUGGCGCUCGGAGACAUCAGCAAAAUCACCAAUGUUGACCGCUUCGCCAAUGUUUACCUACCCAUGCUCUGGUUUGAUAUUAGAAUGUACUCUCUCCCGAAGUCCUUAGAAGACCGAUUCAAGAUGUAUCUAAACGUUCUCCCACUAGUAGAACAAGCAGCACUGUACAUUCUCUUCUUAACAGGCUCCCUCCUCAUCCUCCUGUCCAUCUACCGGCUCGCCUUUAAGAUCAUGUUCAAGACCUUCGACGGAAAGAAGAAGCAGAAAAACUACAUCAUAGCAACAAACCAAAAAGACAGAGCUAAGAAACAUCAUAACAUAUACGCUCCUUGUGAAAUCGCUCUUAAUGAUACAGAAUCUGAUAAUUCAGAUCCACAAUUUGAUGAAGAAAGACGGCCAUCAUUCUUCAAAACACACAGUGACAGAUUAAAAGAACUUAGCCAUAGAUUAGGUGAUAAAGUAUAUGAUUCUGUUGGCAGCGUCAAAGAUAGAGUCACUGACAUAAUUCAUGUGCAAAAAGUCUUUGAUAAUAGAAAGAAUUCACUUAUAAACAAAGAUGAUUCGUUAACUAAUGAUGGUUUUAAAAGUGAAUCUUCUGGAGAUGAAAAGACUGGUAACUAUGAAGCAGUGAGACAAUCUGAUAGUGAAGAUGAUUGUAGGUAUUUAGAAGUUCUAGAUGAUGGUAGUGAGUUUGAUGAGCCAGUUAACACAUUCCAUUUAAGGAGAGGGUCACAGUUUAAAGAUCUAGAUGCAAGGAAUGAUGAAGUUAUGUUACAGAUUUCUGAUUAGUUAUCUAAUGAAUAGAUAUUUGGUCAAUGACGUUGAUAAAAUAUCUGGGAUAUAUCGAUGAAAUGCAACUAAAAGCUAUAGCUUUUAAGUUAUUUUGUAAAAUGAUUCCAAUUGUCUCCCUUCGGGUAUGGAACUCUAAAAAGAGCCUCAUGUGUGACCAAUAGAAAUGGUAUUUAAGAUUGAUUCAGAGCUGAGUUUUGUAGAAAAAAUGUUACAUAGAUGAUGUGGUAGACCAAAAUCAAUAAUUUUAACAUUUUAUUAUUUAUUUAGGCAGCUUAUAAUGAUCAGAGAUUUUUUCUAAAUGUUUUAUAGGAAUCAAAAUUUUGGUCUGUCAUUUAUGGACUGUGAUAUGAAAGCAUUAAAAAAACUAUAAAAAGGGUAUCUUGCCAUACUUAAUUAAUAUAGUAUGUAGAUGACAUUAAACAAAUUGGAAAUUACACGACUGAUGACAUUGCUCAAUUUAUUAUAUGAGAUUGUACGAAAGUACUGAUUUGUAUAUUUUGUAAAUAAAACAAGUAUUAUUAAUUAGAUUAUAAUUUUAUUUUUACUUGUAAGACACGAGUAGACUCCUAGCCUGCUCAAUAUUGAAUAAAUAUAGGUACUAACUUUUACUUUAAUCGAUUGUAUGCCAGUGACAUUUAGAAAAUGUAAUUAAAUAAAUAAAUAAAUAUUAUAGGACAUUAUUACACAAAUUGAUUAAGUCCCACAGUAAGCUCAAUAAGGCUUGUGUUGAGGGUACUUAGACAACGAUAUAUAUAAUAUAUAAAUAUUGAUGAAUACAUAGAAAACACCCAUGACUUAGGAACAAAUAUCCAUGCUCAUCACACGAAUAAAUGCCCUUACCAGGAUUUGAACCCGGGACCAUCGGCUUCAUAGGCAGGGUCACUACCCACGAGGCCAGACCGGUCGUCGAAUUGUUUUCGUUAUGUUAACUUUACCACGGUAUAAAAUGGUAUAUAAGCUUACUUGUGGAAAAUACCAUCUAUAAGGGAAGACUUAGAUAGGUUGUAGACGUCCGGUAUUUUCGCCGGACAACGGACUGUGUUACGCGACUACGUCCAGUUUCGUAUGUGGCUACCGACAGCUACAACCAAGAAAACAAGACUUCAUCGCCGAACGCGGACGAAUGUCCGGUGAAAACGCCGAACGUCUACAAGCGACCUUAGGUCUUUCGUUCGGCUCUUUCGUCGCUUAUGACUCUUAAAUAAAUAUUUAAAAAAAAUUGGGUAGAUAAUUUUAAAUAAUCGGUCACCUCUAUAUUUUAUUCCGGCUGUACACACUCGUCGAGAGCCUCUCGCAGAGAGUCUCAGCACCGCUCUCCGAUCCAGUUGGAGAAACGCGACACGAGGAAGAGCAAGCAUAAGGGAGCAGUCAGUACUCACUCGUUCUCGGCCUGUCUCGAGAUGUCUCGACGAGUGAGUACAGCCCGCAUUACACUUUAACAUCUAUUUUUCAAUUAAUCCCAAUAGCUUAACCAUUUUAUAGUAUUUUAAUCGAUUAAAUGUAAAGUGUGUUAAAUACAUUUUAAGGUGAUUGUAUUGUAUAUAGUAGUUUUAGUUAGUGUACACAGCAUUUUUCGAAGCCUUAAUCGGCUUAAGCCGAUCAUACAAAUUUCUUUGCUCAUAAGAACGAUAAUAAUAUUAUUUGUUUCGCUUCGGCAGAGAUGCUACUUUGCAUAGGCCGGUAAUGUAUUAAUAAAAUAACUUAAGUCCAUUUUGUAUGUAACAGUGAAGUGUUCGUGUAGACACAUUCCAUAUUUGAACAUUUGUAAUAAGACGUAAUAAUUCAAUUGCAGAUGCAUUAUUUACUUUAAGAAGAUUGAUAAAUUCUACCCAAUUUGUUUUUCAUGAAGGAACAUUAUCAAUGUCAAUGUAGUUUUUUUUUUGUAACUUCGUGCUAGAGUAACUGUAACUAAGUUUUUCCUAUAUACGGUCUUUUUUAGAAGUUUUAGGAUGCAUUCCAGAGCUUAAAUUAAGUAAAUUUCUCAAAGAAGCCGGUAUUAACUCCAUUUUGGAGAUAAACAAUGAUUUAUUUUUAUCUGACGAGUGUACGAACGUAUACACUUGACUUUGAGCCUUUUUUACAAUUUGAAUAGUGUUUUGUAUGAGUUUUUUACUUUUGCUACUUAACACAAGUACUAUCUGGGACGAUCUAUAUUCAAAAUGUCAUAUUUGUUGGUUUUAAAUUGUUUGGUGGAUUUUAAUUUCCAUGUUACAACAACGCUAUUAAAUUACUUUAGCGAAAAAAAAACUUAUAAAUGUACUUGUACUUAUACUCUGUAUCUUUAGGUAUUUAAAUAAAAGGAAACAAACCAUUUGUAAAUUUUUAAGCAGUUACAUUUAUUCGUUAACCAACCAAAUACAAAACCGCCUGGAUCUGUCACUGAACGACCUGACUUUAACCUACAUUAUGUAAUGUUUUCAUCUACUCUCAACUGAGUUAAGGAGCCAUUUGAGGGUAGAUUUUGUUUACUUUUAUUUAAAUACCUAAAGAUACAGAGUAUAGCCAUAUCCUACAGUUAACGGAGUUUAAAAAAAACACUGUGUUAUAAAGUUUGAAAUGUGAAACGUGAACGGCUCAAGCCGAUUUUAAUUCGAUAAAUGCAGAUAGAAAGACUUCCAAUAAGGCGAGCCAAUAAAAGCUACUCAUUGUGAUACCUAAAUAUGUUUUAGUACUGAAUAAUAAUUAAAUUAAGUAUUUUACUGUACUGUACAGAAAUGCCUAUGUUAGUAAUUAUUCUGUAAAAUUGGUAUUUGGUAAUGUUUACAGAGUAAUAUGAAAAAAAUAAAUGGAAUUUAAUAUU